AUGAGUAUUUUGGAGGUGCAAUCUGGAGGAAUGGAGAAAAUUGGUUUUACCAAAAAGGAUAUUUACAAUUUUGAAUAUUAUGAGAGUAGCCUGAUGAAGAACCAUGAUGUUGAACUGGUGACUGAGUAUUUUUUAGCUGAACAGAAAAACAAUAGAUCAUUUUAUUUCAAGAUUGAGGGAGAUUCUAAUGACAGGCUUACUCGAUGUUUUUGGGCAGAUGCAACUUCUAGACGAGCAUAUGGGUUUUAUGGAGAUGUUGUCGUGCUCGAUACCACAUUCAACACGAAUCGAUAUGGCUUGCCAUUUGCACCAAUGUUGGGGGUUAAUAACCAUGGUCAGACAAUUGUUUUAGCUUGUGCAUUUUUAAGUAAGGAAACGACUGAGUCAUUUAUUUGGAUGUUUGAGGAGUUUAAAAAAGCCAUGCCAGGUGGUGAGCCAAAAAUGAUAAUUACAGAUCAAGAUGCAGCUAUGGCUAGAGCGAUUUUUGAAGUAUUCCCCACUACAUUUCAUCGACUUUGCAUAUGGCACAUCACAACCAAGUUCUCUGAUAAACUACCACGGACUGCUUAUGAGGAAUAUUGGAAAGAGUUUAAGGAAACCAUCUGGGAGAUUGACAAUAUAGAUGAAUUUGAAGAAAAGUGGCAUGCAAUCAUUACAAAAUCUGGUUUGACUGACCAUCCAUGGCUGAGUUCAGUUUUUGAUUUGCGAAAAUCAUGGGUUCCAGCCUAUGUAAAACAUAUUUUUGCCACUGGAAUGUCAAGCAGUCAAAGAGCAGAAGGCUCUCAUGCAUUUUUCAAGCAAUAUAUAUCAAGGAGAAAUUCAUUAAUGGAUUUCAUAACACGAUUUCAAAGGGCACUAUCCCAUCAACGUCAAAAAGAGUUACUUGCUGAUCACAUUGAUGCAUUUGAAAAGCCUCAAUGCGCUCUAUUGUUGACAAUGGAUAAACAAAUGGCUGAAAUAUACACAAAGGCAAUGUUCCAAAAGUUUGAACAGGAGCUAAUGCAAAGUUUACCGUGUUUUAUGGAACUGAAAAUGGAUGAUGCUUCCAAAGCUAUCUAUAAAGUGAGUGAAAGGAAAAGGGGGAAAACAAGAGUGACAGAAGUUGUAUAUGAUAAAUAUUCCGAUCAAUGGUCGUGUAGCUGUAAAGGAUUUGAAUUUAUUGGAAUUCUUUGUUGCCAUGCGCUGGCAUUGUUAAAAAGGGAGCAAAUUGAAUAUCUGCCCAAUAAAUACAUUUUGAAUAGAUGGAAGAAAACUGCAAAAUCUGGACUUGUGUCAGAUUCAAAUGGCAAUGAAAUUAAAGAUUGUGAGAACAAUUCUCUCCUAAUAAAGCGAAGUAGAAUGUCCAGACUUGCUUCAGAUGUAAUUGAGCAUGCCUUAAUGUCCGAAGAAGGUUGUGAGCUAUUGUCAAAUAACCUAAACGAUACGCGGGUGAUGUUGAAGUUAUUGAAUGAUGGGGUUGGUCCUAGCAAAGUUGGAGGGUCCAGCUCCCAAACACGAUAUUUGAAGGACCCUAAGAGAGUAACGCACAAAGGAAGCUCCAAACGAGUGAAGGGAGCAAAGGAAACGAGAAUGGAGCGAGGGAUCCGACAUUGUCAGCAGUGUGGACAAACUAGUCAUGAUAUAAGACGAUGCCCAAGAAUGGCGAACACAUCGACAUCCCCAUCAAACAAUGAAGAAUCAACUCCAGUCAAUCUUAGUGACCCGUUAUUCGAUGAAUUUGAUAGCAUGCAUGGACCUACCAAGUGA